GUGUGUGUGUGUGUGUGUUUCUCCAGUGUCCUCCUCCAGUCUCCACCUUCUCAGCCUCUCCACAGCUCGGGAAGGCGAGGCUGGCGUGCCGUUGCUGAGACUGAAACACACCAACGUGCGCGCGCAAAAUUGCAUCACAUGACAGCAACCAAAGCAACACAAACAUAACAUUAGCAACACUGGGACGCUGAGAGAAGACAAGACGCAGCACGAGACAGUGGGAAUGAGAAGAGCUAGGGAGGAGGAAAAUUGUACUGCAUGAGAGAGUGAGAGAAAGAGAAAAGUGAAGAGAGGAGAAAAGUGUCAUAUCAGUGAGAAUAUAUAAAUUAAAAAGAGGCGCGCAUUUCUCCAUCCACUGCUAAUUAUUAUACAGGGCACCACACAUCAAGACAGUGCUGUGGUGAUGAGUGUGAGUCUGGUGCGCGUUGAGGCUCCUGAUGCUGAUGGCAGUGGGCAGGGCACGCUGCUUGGUGACCUUGGCAACCCUGGUGUUCAGGUGACCCUCCCCUUGGUCCUCGGCAGGGGUUCGCUUCUCAAGUGUGGGGACAAGAAGGUGUCACGCCGCCAUGCAUACCUGGACUGGGAAGACAACGGGGUGCUGCUCACAGCGGUCCACCAAGCCUCCACAUACGCCAUGGUUGGGAAUGGGGCGGUGCAGGAGGUGACGGAGGGGAGCUCUGUCCUCCUCUCUGAUAGGGACAGGUUUGGCUUCCUCAGGGACAAGUUUUGGUACAUGGUAAAACUUCCAGCCACUGUCAUCGCCAAAGAGGAAACACUUGCCUCUUCAUCGGGGAAAGGAGAGGAAGAGGGGAAGGGAGAGGAUAAAAAUGGAGUGGAAGAGAGAAAAGAUACGCAAAAUGAGAGAAAUAAAGAGGAAAAGAGGACGGAAGAGAGAAAUAAUGGGGAAACAAGAACAGGAGAGAAGAAAAAUGAGGAGAAAGAGAUGAAAGAAGAGGGGAAAGAUAAGCUAGACCCUGGAGAAUUAGUGGAAGUAGAGAAGAGAAAGUGGAAUGAUGGAUGCAGUGAGGCUAUGAAUGGUAACACACUGCAGAACAACACCACCACUACUGCCACUACCACCAACAGCACCACCACCACCACUGCCACCACUGCAACCACCACCACUACUGAGGGAGGGAAGGAGGACAGGGUUAUGAAGGAAGAACUCAUACUGCAGAAGGAAAGACCAAGAGGUGAAGGAGGCACUGAAGGAGACACAAGGGGAGGGAAUGAUUUGUCUCCUCCUUCCUCUUCCUCCUCCUCCAGACCUUCUUCCCCCAAGCCAGUAAAAGAGGAGGAGGUGUCAACUGCAAACAGAAGAGGGAGAAAUCUUCCAAGUUGGCUGCAGCAUAACACUAAAGGCAGUCCAGUUCCCAACACCCCUGCAGCCCCAGCCACUCCCAAGGGCAGAAAGGGGCGUUCCAGAGCAAAAGUCACCACCCCAGACACCACCACCACUGCCCCAGACCCUGCAAAGGCAGAUGAGGAACUGUUUCGCCUCAACACUGCAGCCAAGAGGCAGCGGAAGGAGAAUGCACAGGGUGGUAGAGACUCCCCGAAGAAGGCACAGAAGUCACCACGACGACCACAGAACCAGGCCUCUCCAGGGAGGGGAAGAGGGAGAGGAGGAGGAGGAGGAGGAGGAGGAGGAGGAGGAGGAGGAGAAGGAGGCAUACACCACCAGAUGAGUGAUAGUGAUGGGGAGGAUACCACCACCACCACCACCACAGCCGCCGCCACCGCCACCACCACAGCACCACAAUCCCCACCCCAUAAGGAGGAAGAAGAAGAGGAACAGUUAGAAGGAAGAGGAGGGGGAGGAGGUACUUCUGAUCCCCCUCAAGGUGCCCCUACCCCAGCAGCCUCCCCUGCAGCCCCCACACCUGACAAGAGACGCCCCAGACCCUCCUGUCAGUAUGGGGCUAACUGCUACAGGAAGAACUCAGUGCACAGACAGAAGGAGGCUCACCCAGGGGACUCCGACUACCACUCUGCAAAUGAGGGUGACGAUGGUGAUGAUAGGCCAGAGUGUGAGUAUGGAGUGGACUGCUACAGGAAAAAUCCACAGCACCGCAAGGAUUUCAAGCACAGCAGAAUCCCACAGCCACAGCGGAGGGCCAAGAGGAAAGCACGGCAGCAGAAGGCAAGACAAGCAGGAGGAGCAGGAGGAGCAGGAGGAGCAGGAGGGAGUGAUGACGACGAAUAUGACUACGAUGACCCCUUCCUCAAUGAUGGGAGCUCAGAUGACUACGCCCCCACUGACGAAUCCUCCGACUCAGCCCCCGAGCCCAGCCAGGACGGGGAGGAGGAGGAGGACACUAAGAGGAUGCUGAAGGAGGCCAAGAAGUUUGUCAAGAAGAGGAAGUGAAGAGGAGGAUGAAGGAAGAGGAGUAGGAGGUAGAAAGGAGAGGAGGAUGAGGAUGGAAGGUUAGGAAGUUUUGUCAAGAAGAGGAAGUGAGGAGGAUGGAGGAAGAGGUGGAAGAGGAGGAUAAGGAGGAUUUGAAGAGGUCAGGAAAUUUGUCUGGAAGAGGAAGUGAGGAGGAGAACAGAGGAAGAGCAGGAAGAGUAGGAGAUAAAAAGAUGAGAGGAGGAGGAGGAGGAGGAGGAUAAGUGGAGUUGGAGAAGAAAGCAGAUUAAGUUUAUGAAUGGAAGAAGAGGAAGAGAAGAGGAUAAAAAACACAAGGAAAUUUAAAAAAAGGUGAGGUGAUAGAAAGUAGUGUGUGUGUGUGUGUGUGUGUGUGUGUGUGUGUGUGUGUGUGUGUGUGUGUGUGUGUGUGUGUGUGUGUGUGUGUGUGUGUGUGUGUGUGUGUGUGUGUGUGUGUGUGUGUGUGUGUGUACUGGUGACACUAUCUUCUCACUAUGCAGAGUAUAUUGUUAAUUGUAAUUGUACACAAACCAUGAUAUAUUUUGCUAUGUACUAGUUAAUUAUGUGUACUUCUUGAUGUAUAAUAUGUAUAAUAUAUUUGUUACCAAAC